AUGCAACAGGGAAGUAGUUCAAGUGGAUCAGGAAUGUCUUUAGAAAACAUUGUCAAGAGUAUAGCCACAAGUACUCAGGUAUUUCAAAAUGAAACCGAGGCGAGUAUCAAGACUUUGGAGCAACAAAUGACUAAACUCGCUACUUCUGUGAGUAAAUUGGAGUCACAAGGCAAACUACCCGCACAAACUGAAAAGAACCCAAAGCAUAAUGCAUGUGUCAUCACUUUGAGGAAUAGUAAAGACUAUGAAGGACCAAAGAUGAUUGAAGAAGAAGAUAUGGAGUUAGAAAAAGAAGAUAAGAAGUCAAAAGUACCUUCAAAUCAAGUACCCAUUGAAGUAAAAAUCAUUCAACCUCCAUUUCCCACAAGGCUGAACAAGUCAAAGCGUGAAAGAGAAGACAAUGAAAUCAUGGAGAUGUUCAGAAAGGUUGAGUAUUACAGAAAAGAUUAUCCCCAAAAAUGUAAGGAUCCGAGUGUUUUCAUGGUUCCUUGCAACAUAUUGAAGAAGACCGGGGUGAUCAUUCAAUUGGCUGACCGAUCCUUAGGGCAUCCAAAAGGUGUGCUAGAAGAUGAGUUAGUACAAGUGAAUGAAUUAGUAUUUCUAGCAGAUUUUUAUGUCCUUGUAGUGGAUGAUGAUGACUCACCAAAUUUUAGUUCAAUUCUUCAAGGACUACCCUUUUUGAAAACAGCCCGUACAAAAAUUAAGUUUUAUGAUGGUACAUUAUCCAUGGAAUUUGAUGGAGAUGUGAUAAAUUUCAACAUUUAUGAUGCUAUGAGAUAUCCAAGUGAUAUUUCAUCUUUGAAUUUUGUGGAUAUAGGAAUCUUCAAAGAUGGAGUGGAAAAAAUUUCCAAGCAAUUCAAAAUUGAUGUAGUGAUUAUGGAAGUUGUAUCUUGCAUGGAUCAAAAGAAGAAAAUGAGGUUUGAUGUUCCAAAACUGAAAUUAUCGAUGCCUAAUGAGAAACUUGUUCUUUUGGUUGUGCAGGCACCCGAAUUGGAAAUCAAGACUUUACCCGAGCAUCUUAAGUAUGUUUAUCUUGGAGACAAAGAGAGUUUACUCAUGAUCAUUUCCACAAAGUUGACAACAAAGGAAUAA